AUGAUACCCGUCUACCUUCUACCAUUCUUACUAACGGCACUGGGCUAUACCAGCCAAUCAUUCCGACCCCAGCCUCGGCUUGAGCUACGAGACGUUGAGCAAGUGGCCCCAUCUUUGGUGAUCGACACCUUCCAAGACCCUCUGCACAAUGACCUAGGAUUUUGGCACGGAACUGGUGAAAAUCUUAAUAUACAUCAUGCACCGGGCUCUGUAUCUUUCUUCCCGAUUGAUCCCGACCAGAACUACCAUACCCAAUUCGAGACCCGUGGCUGUUUCAGCCUCCUCCCAUGGCAAGACCAGUUUCUACAUGUCGUAUACGAUGGAACCGACCAGUUCACUGUUUCGUUGAACGAACACAACAACGAGUGCUCCGCCGCCCGUGCUCCGUUUCCUGGUAUACCGGACAGUGUCCAGGCGUCGCCUUAUGUGAUGAGAACUGGAUCAGAUUCCUCGGACGAAGAUGACUCUAGCAAUUCAAAAGAUGCUCCUGAGCUGCCUUUGACCAGCCAUGUCUCGCAGCGACGUUACUCUCCCUCUUCGCCUGGGCCACGAGGUUCAUGCGAAGAAAGCGGUAACCAGGGGCCAGCUUCCCCUCCAAAGACUGAGCUGUACAUCCCCCUAUCUCAUUUCCGCAUCGAUCAGAGAAGAGUCGUUUCUGUCUCAUUUACGGGCUUCUAUACGAAUGAAACGCUCACACUUCACCGCGUCGAAAUCGUACCUUCGGUUCCGCCUCCGUCGCCCGCGAAUAAUUACUUCACGGUUCCUAAGAAAAUACCGACUGGCCAGUUGGUCCUGCGCUGUAGUGUUCCCAACUCAUUCGCCUUUGGAAUUGACGAUGGCCAGCCGCGGUUUGCACAGGAGGUCAUGAAAAUCCUCGACGAGGAAGAUGUUCGGGUUACAUUCUUUGUCGUUGGUGCUGGACUACAAGACUCGACGACGAACUUCACACGCUUUUACAAGGAGAUGAUGAAGAAGGGACAUCAGGUGGCGCUGCACUCUAAUACCCAUCCGAAAAUGGAAGCCCUCCCGACCAUGGAAAUGAUCGACGAAGAAGUCAAGGACACCAUCCGAGUCUUCAAAGAAAGACUAGACAUAUCCUCCCGCUACUUCAGACCUCCCUUCGGAACGGUCGGUGCCCGCAUGCGCCAACAACUAGCAAAACGCAUCGAACAACCUUUCAUCGUGAACUGGAGCGUGGACGUGGAAGAUUGGCUAUGGGCCAACACAACCACACCGGAAAAACAGCUCGACGCAUUUUACCGGAGUGUGGCCCGGGGCGGCAAUCUUGCCGUGAUGCACUUCCUCAACCCGUCGACUGUUGGGUACCUCCGUGACUUUAUCCGGCAUGUUAAGGGGCUUGGGUAUAAAAUCAUGCGGAUUGAUCAGUGUUUGGCGGAUCCGUUUAGUCCGGCGCUUUGA